GCGGCGCCCAUGGCCGCACCGGAAGCAGACAGUGUCGGGCGGAAGUGACGCCAGUUCCGGUCCCUGCCCAGUUUAAGGAGACCCCGUGCCGACCUCGCUCUCUUUCCAUCCGGCCGGAGAACAUGGCGGACAUACAGGUGGGGGCUGCGGCUGGAGCGGCGGGAUCUGGGGCCCCCGGGGGCCAAAUACAGGGAGAGAGGGGCCCCCGGGAGCCAAAUACAGAGAGAGAGGGGCCCCGGGGAGCCAAAUACAGGGGGAGAGGGGCCCCCGGGAGCCAAAUACAGGGGGAGAGGGGCCCCUGGGAGCCAAAUACAGGGGGAGAGGGGCCCCUGGGAGCCAAAUACAGGGAGAGAGGGGCCCCUGGGAGCCAAAUACAGGGGGAGAGGGGCCCCUGGGAGCCAAAUACAGGGGGAGAGGGGCCCCUGGGAGCCAAAUACAGGGGGAGAGGGGCCCCUGGGAGCCAAAUACAGGGGGAGAGGGGCCUAAGGGCAAAUACAGGGGAGAGGGAGCCCCUGAAGGCAAAUACAGGGAGAGGGCCCCGGGGGCGUUGCUCCUAUUAGGAAGGCUGUGGGGGACACAGAGAGUGGGGUAACGGAGGGAUUUAGGGGUGAUUAUUUCUGAUGACUUAAAGGUAGGCAGACAAUGUAAUAGAGCAGCAGGAAAUGCUAGCAGAAUGCUUGGUUGUAUAGGGAGAGGUAUUAGCAGUAGAAAGAGGAAGUGCUCAUGCCAUUGUACAGAACACUGGUGAGACCUCACUUGGAGUAUUGUACACAGUACUGGAGACCGUAUCUUCAGAAGGAUAUUGAUACCUUAGAGAGGGGUUCAGAGAAGGGCUACUAAACUGGUUCAUGGAUUGCGGGAUAAAACUUACCAGGAAAGGUUAAAGGAUCUUAACAUGUAUAGCUUGGAGGAAAGACGAGACAGGGGGGAUAUGAUAGAAACAUUUAAAUAUAUAAAGGGAAUCAACACAGUAAAGGAGGAGACUAUAUUUAAAAGAAGAAAAACUACCACAACAAGAGGACAUAGUCUUAAAUUAGAGGGACAAAGGUUUCAAAAUAAUAUCAGGAAGUAUUACUUUACUGAGAGGGUAGUGGAUGCAUGGAAUAGCCUUCCAGCUGAAGUGGUAGAGGUUAACACAGUAAAGGAGUUUAAGCAUGCGUGGGAUAGGCAUAAGGCUAUCCUAACUAUAAGAUAAGGCCACGGACUAAUGAAAGUAUUUAGAAAAUUGGGCAGACUAGAUGGGCCGAAUGGUUCUUAUCUGCAGUCGCAUUCUAUGUCUGCUGUGUGUAUAAUUCAGUAUCUUAUUUUCAGGCCAAGAAGCUGCUUGGCGAUGCCAGCAAGGUCAGUCUCCCUUGUUUUUACAAGAACGUUGGCGGAUCCAAGGCAGCAAAACAGGUAACUAUCACUACUUUAAUGGUUCCUCCCUUGUGCAUUAACAUUAGGACUGUAAAUACUGCUGUUGUUGUUGUAGUGGUUUUUGUGCCAACGUGCAUCGUUCCCCAAGCUCUGACAGCAAUUUAACAAAUGGCAUAUUGAUUCUGUCUUUAUUUGACCCCAUUCCUGGGCCAAGCUUAUCACAUGUAUAUUCCUUCUGUAAUACACUGAGCUAUGGACUGGUGAACCCUGUGUGUUAAACCACAGAAAUGGGAGCACACAUGUUGGUACCAUUGCAGUACUGAGGACUAUUUAUUACUUGUAUUUAUAAAGCACCAACAUAUUCCACAGCGCUGUACAAUAUACACAAAUACAAAAGGUUGUAAGCUGAGAUCUAGCCAUUGAAGCUUUUAUACAAAGCGCUUAACUUGAUAACCAGUGAGCUUACAAUUUAAAGGCUAUCUCCAUUAUCAUACCUAGAAUACACAUUUAAUGUGCAGACUGGUACGCCAUCACCCAACAGUUGGUAAGGAAGUAAAUAUGUGGUUUUCCGUACUAGCCUGCUGACCCUCAUUCCAGUCCCACCGUUCUCUAUGGACAGCCCUCUAUGCAGCGUUUGGCCCUGCUGGUACAUCUCCCUGGACUGGUCAAUCCUCCCUAAUACCAAUGUGCACUAUGCUGUAAAUCUAGGAUUCCUCUGUUGAAUUUACUGCAGCUCGCACCAUAUUUACACAUCAUAUUUUAAUAUUUUCCCAAGUUGGCAUUGCCAUGAAAGGAAUGCUUUAACCCCUUAAGGACCAAACUUCUGGGGGAAAAAGGGAAUAAUGACAUGUCACACGUGCCAUGUGUCCUUAAAGGGUUAAAGUCGUGCCGAAUAUGUCUUGACUGACAGUAUGUAAAUUUCACCGCAAUUUUCUUUUAAAAUGGUUUUAGUCUUGAGGUCUAGCUGUAAAAUGUUGGAUAAUUAGAUGGUGUAUCUGUGUCAUUGAUGUAUUUGUUUCAUUUGAGUUUAUAGUGAAACAGAUUUACAUGCACUACCAUCUGAGACAUGCCAGCUGGUAUGGAAACAACAUUGCACGCAACGGGCACCUUUUACAGCCUCUCUUUAAUAUUCCAGGUUCUGGUCAUUGACGGUAGGGGUCAUCUCCUUGGUAGACUCGCCGCCAUUGUUGCUAAACAAGUUCUGCUUGGUGAGUUUGCUGCACCUGAUAGUCUCAUGAUGUGCCACCAUUAAUUCUGGGAUCUUGAGGUGUGUGUAAUCUAUAUUCAGAGAUCAUUAUUUUCUGGUCAGUGAUGAUGAUUAAGUUUCUCAAAUGAGUUUUACGACACUGAGAUAACUACAUGCACUACCAUCUGAGACCGCUGUAUAAACUGUAGCAACGGUUACGAUUGUUUUAUAUUGGGGCAGUACGAUCUAGUAUGUGCGGUUUCAUUGACCAGUCAGGGGCUAAGAGUGUUGCUGAAACAAUCUCUCCUACUCCGGUGCAAAGGGGAGGGAAGCAGAGCUUCUAGAGUUAAGCGGUUUCAAAGAAACGUAAUCCCUGAAGACAAGAAUGCCCGGGCACUGCUGCCCAAUGACAACUUACAUGAGGUUAAUAAUUUAUGGGGUGGGAGAAUUUAUUUAACUUUUUUGGAUUGAGCCAAUUACAUUUAUUUACAUACCAUGCAGUUGGAAGCAAUGCUCAAAGCAUACUGUAUUGGUUAUGGUGCAAGGAAUGCUCUUGCGGCUGAAUUUCCUGGACCUGUAUUGGCUUACUUUAUUUAAAUAAAAUGCUUUUAUUUCAGGUCGCAAAGUUGUAGUUGUGCGAUGUGAAGGAAUAAACAUUUCUGGAAACUUCUACCGUAACAAACGUAAGUAGUUUUUAACUGUCUUGUGUGGUCAUAAUAGUCUUGAUCAUGUCCACUGUUGCAGCAAAGAUUUUAAAAUUUAGGCUAAAUCUGUCCAGUCUUACAAGGAACACUGAUACAUAAAGGAAUUGGCCUGGUUUAUUUUACAUGAUGGUACCAGAUUUACCACUUUGCAAGUGGAAGUGUUAAGGCACUUAAAAGGUUCUUAAUUUGAGCAGUCCACCAUGGUGGAUACUUUCAGUGAGGUAUCUAAGGGAUCGUUAUAGCUGUACAUCUCAUCUUGUGCCACCAUUAAUUCUAGGAUCUUGAGGAGCAGGAUUUACUGUGUGUAAUCUAUAUUCGCAGAUUAUUUUCUGGUCAGUGAUGAUGAUUAAGUUUCUCAAAUGAGUUUUACGACACUGAGAUAACUACAUGCACUACCAUCUGAGACCGCUGUAUAAACUGUAGCAACGGUUAAGCUUGAGGGUGAAAACAAACUGCUUGUGGCUUUGUGUCCGCUUUAUUUGAAUGAGGACAUUGUGUAGAGAUUUAGUUGCACAACUCGUACUAAUGGUUUUGCUGCACUGGGUAAAUGGAUUGAUUUGAAGAGCUUGGACAUAUUGUGUAGGUUCUUGUGACUAUAUAUUGAAUGGUCUGGUGGUGCCUCUAGUCGUGCAUAGUGACCAGUCCAUAUCCUUUCUAUCUAAAUGUUUCUCUUGAGGCUAAAAAAAAUUAUUUUUUUUAUCUUCCCUCUAGUUAAAUAUCUUGCUUUCCUCCGUAAACGCAUGAACACCAACCCUUCCCGUGGGCCAUACCAUUUCAGAGCCCCCAGCCGCAUCUUCUGGAGGACCGUAAGAGGUGCGUAUGCCUUCUAUGUCUCCAUUUGGUGCAAAGGAGUUCUGGUCAGUGUGACUGCUAAUCAUGAUGUUGCCAAGGCUAGAAGUCAAUGUAUAAAUCUAUUGGACUCUAGGGCAGCUUUUUAUAGUUUUUAGUACUUCACAUUAGCAUUGUAUAGCUGAUUUGCUAGAACUAAGAAGGAAAGUUUAACACAAUCUCCUUUUAUCCAAUUUAGGUAUGCUCCCCCACAAGACAAAGAGGGGCCAGGCAGCUCUGGAUCGACUGAAGGUUUUUGAUGGCAUUCCUCCUCCUUAUGAUAAGGUAGGUAGAUAUAGGCUGUAAUAUACAGACUGCUUGUCUCUCGCGAUAUCCUGUUCUUAAACUGGUCUUGUCUUGACAGAGGAAGAGAAUGGUUGUCCCUGCAGCAUUGAAAGUCGUUCGCCUGAAGCCAACGCGUAAGGUAAGGCUAUGGUUUGAGCACAGACGAACAAGGUUUUAUGUUUAGUUUGAGUUUACGCCUUUUAAAAUAAGUUUGUGCUUAUAGUAACCUGGCUGGGGUGGGGUUAAUUUUUAAUGUAUGCCACCUCCGGUCUAGUUUCAAGGGAAACAUAAACUUGUAUGCCCAACGGUUUGAGUCAGCUGGCUUGUUGUAAAUGAAUGCAAUAAGAUGUGGGAAGUGAUCAUGUAUUGUGCUUGGAGAGUCUCCAUAAGGCUUGAAGGGUCUGGCCCACUAAUCGUCCGAGUUGAUAUCAGUUUGUGGGUGCUUUUCUUGCAGUUUGCGUUCCUGGGUCGUCUUGCCCAUGAGGUUGGAUGGAAGUACCAGGCUGUAACAGCAACUUUGGAAGAAAAGCGGAAGGGAAAGGCUAAAAUUCACUAUGAGAAGAAGAAACUGGUCAUGGUGAGUAAAGGGGUUGGGUCCACUGCCUGUUCCUCAUAUUGAACAAAGUGCUUCCCCCCCCUCAUCGGCUAUCAAAUCUUUAAUUGGUUUUUCUUUUUUAAUUUCAGAAACUGAAAAGGCAGGCAGAGAAGAAUGUAGAAAGCAAAAUCGCAAAGUAUACAAAUGUUCUGAAACAGUAUGGCAUCCUUGUUUAAAUAAAGAACUCUCCUGUUCUGGAAUAAAACAUGUAGAAAGUCGUCUUCUGUGUCUGAUUUCAUGUUUCAGUCAGUGUGGCUGGCAAUGGACAUGCUGACAGGUAUUGCCCUCGGUGACUCGUAGCCUGGCUAGUGGUCUGGAAAGGAUAGUUUAAAAAGACUGCUGCAAGGCGCGCAGGUCCUGAACACUCUGCAUUCAACCUGGACAGAGAUUGGAAAAUAGUGGUGCCAAAGCUUCAGGCAGAACCUCUGUUCUAUCUUCCUGUAUAAUCCAAACAUUGAUUGUAUCAUUGUUACUACUCAGGCUGUUAUAGAAUUCUGUAUAUUCUCUACAUGUGGGCAGCACAAAGUAAGCACACACUAUGGGACUUCCUCCAUAUUGCUGAUUUUCAAAUCAGAAAUCGUGGGCACUGCAGUGAUUGACAUAUUAAAGGGCUACUAUAGGAAUGCAAUAUUGUAUAAUGUCUCACCUUGCAUAAACUGAAUAGGUCUGGGAAUAUAGUGGGUACACUACACGGUACCAAUUAGAAAGGCACAGGUUUGGGUCUUUAUCUGCUCCUAUGCCUUGUUUCCUGAGUUAACAUUUUUAUUUUUGUAGUAGCGCCAAACCAAUUUACAGCAUUUGAAACUGAUGUACACUGACUGGUUCACAUAACGAAGCAUGGUUUCUAGAUACAUUUCUCUGGGAUUAUUUUUUUUCUAAUACAGGAAUAAAUGGACAUAAUGGUCACCAAAAAAACUCUAGCUUAAUGCUGUGAGGGCAGACUAUGCCAUCCCGCAUUUAGUGAAUCUAAACACCGUUGGGGCAUUAUAGUACACCCUUGCGAUCGAAUGCAUCCCCCGUGCCUGCACCGGCAAUCCCAGUUUGCGGGGGCUGUCUCAGGAGCCAUUUUGGCCCUCCAGGGUCAUGUGAUCACAUGGCUACAAUAGUGGUCUGAGAUUGACAGUGUUCAGGCAGAAUCCAAAACUGCAAAAACGUUAUGAUAUAAAUUGGUUAAAUCAUCUGAUUAGCAUAUUCUACAUAUAGAACUUAAGUGUAUUUUGGUAAUGUAUAAAUACCAAAAUACACUUAAAAUUAAAUUCUAUAUAUAAUCUGGUUUAAUUGAUAUUACAGAUUAACAUUUUAUGAAUAGCAUAUGUAUAUUAUAAGCAUAUCUUGAUAUAUAUCCCCAAAUCCACUAAGAAUUAUAUUUCACAUUUUAUUAAAUAUAAUAAAAGGGACAUACCUGACAACGCAGGGAGAAAGUACUGAGAUUUUAUAGGAAUGGCAUUGAGUGGUAUGGAAACUAGUAAGGUGGGAAUGUAGCAGAACUGGAGGAGAGAGUGGAGUGUGGCUUUUUAGGAGUGAGCAGGAGGGGCCAUAAGCUUAUCUGAAGAGAUGGGUUUUAAGGUACUUCUUAAAUGAUUGAAGACUAGGGGAGAGUCUGAUGGGGGUAGGUAAGCUGUUCCAAGGGAAAUAAGUAUAUUUGCACAGUCAUUUUUGUUAACCAGCCUAUUCUUUACAUUUUGAAAACUAUGAUAAUGUGGCCAGACCACAGUCCAAUUCUGUUGAAGCCAUCCAGUUAAUAUUCUAAGACCUUUUGGGAGAUGAAUGAUAAGAUACUCCAAUGGACAGAGUGGCUUUAAUGGUGCCCACAUUGUAAAAAUACUUCUCUUUGAAUAACACCUCUAACAUCACUCCAGAAUGUUUGUGGUUAGCCCAUAAGGGGAAAAUAGAGAUGGUCCGGUCCCCCAUACAUCAUGCAGUGCCCACCCUUGUGCUUCCCCAAAUUGAAGUUGGGAGCACUGAGUCUCCAUUCAUAAGCUGCAGCAGCAGUGCUGUCAGUUCCCACACUUGACUGAUGGGCCCUCCGUGGCACUGUGCUGGGAGGACUUCCUGCUGGGCUGUGGGGGAAGGGGGGCAGUCUCAUCUUGUGACCUCCCCUGUAACCGAGCUGGCCUGUAGUGAGCUUGUGUGUGUAUCAGUGAGCUUGUCUUGUCAUUGCUAAACUCGGCCAUGGAGGCAGGUCCAGCCACGCCGAAACUGGCACGGCGCCUGAAAAAAGGUUUGUAAAAAUAUCUUUCUCCUGCGAUCAGAGGAGGCAGGUACCUAAACAUAUACUCAGAGACAGGCACACACUCUCUGACUGAGACACACACACACAAAAUGAUAGACAAACACAUUUUCUCACACACUUACAAAUUGCUAUUUUUAUUUCAAUUUAAAUCCACCUAGCCUCCAUACUUUUGGUAUCCAGUGUGUCUCCUCUCUAAUCUUACUGCAGUUUCUCUCUGCUCCUCUGCUCGCUCUCUGUAGUAAUGUCCAGGCCAGAGUGAUGUCAUGUCACUAAACAGCGCGCAUGGGAGCAGAGGAACUGCAGGCAGAUUACUGCACCUAGUGGCGGCCAGCUUUAAUGUUUCCUGGGCGGCUUAGCCAUGGCAACCUGGCGCCUGGAAUCUGUCGAGCCCUGUGUUGUAUGUGUGUGUGUUUGUAUAACUAUAUAUGUAUGUAUGUACACACUGCUCUAAAAAAUAAAGGGAACACAAAAAUAACACAUCCUAGAUCUGAAUGAAUUAAAUAUUCUUCUGAAAUACUUUGUUCUUUACAUAGUUGAAUGUGCUGACAACAAAAUCAUAAAAACCUGGAAAUCAAAUUUUUCAACCCAUGGAGGUCUGGAUAUGGAGUCACUCAAAAUUAAAGUGGAAAAGCACACUACAGGCUGAUCCAACUUUGAUGUAUUGUCCUUAAAACAAGUCAAAAUGAGGCUCAGUAGUGUGUGUGGCCUCCCUACAACGCCUGUGCAGAUACGGCCUCCAGUACUGUGUACAAUACUCCAAGUGAGGUCUCACCAGUGUUCUGUACAAUGGCAUGAGCACUUCCCUCUUUCUACUGCUAACACCUCUCCCUAUACAACCAAGCAUUCUGCUAGCAUUUCCUGCUGCUCUAUUACAUUGUCUGCCUACCUUUAAGUCAUCAGAAAUAAUCACCCCUAAAUCCCUUUCCUCAUAUGUUGAGGUUAGGACUCUAUCAAAUAUUCUGUACUCUGCCCUUGGGUUUUUACGUCCAAGAUGCAUUAUCUUGCACUUAUCCACAUUAAAUGUCAGUUGCCACAAUUCUGACCAUUUUUCUAGUUUACCUAAAUCAUUUGCCAUUUGGCUUAUCCCUCCUGGAACAACCCUGUUACAUAAUUUAGUAUCAUCAGCAAAAAGACAUACCUUACAAUCAAGACCUAAUAUCACUAAUAAAAAGAUUAAAGAGAAUGGGUCUAUAGCGGGUGGCAUUGUGCUGUCCUCAAAAUUAUGUAUAUUCAUAUGUUUUCAGUUUAAUUUUGCCAUGUGUAUAUCAAGUGUAUGCAGCAUUCGACUGAUUGUUCGGUAAAAUCACUCCAGUUAUUAUGCGAGUGAAACUACCGAACAAUCAGACCACCCCAGGAAUAAGUGUGCCUCCAAUUACCGUUCGCAACAAUGUUGCAAAUAGGUAAUUGGCAAUUCAUGCAGUGUGUACUUUUUCCUCCGGGUGGCCGCCAUUCGGGAGAUGAACCCGUGGCGGCGGCCAUCUUAAACUCCCGAACAGUGGUGUUUUGCCGUCGAAUGUCUGGAACCAAAUCGGACACUCAGGCAAACAACGCUGAGACCUCCAUACAGCCGCCAAUUCAUGUAAGAACUAGAAAGAACCCCACGAACAAGGGGGUUUUCCCAAAUGCUCCCCAGUUCUCAUAACCCAAGUCAUUUGUGUGUUUUAUUCCCUUUUCUGUGACCGACCGCAGGCCAAAAUGUAUGGAACCCUUUUCGGCUUUUAACUUCAGCGCGGUCGGUCUUUUUAAUAACUCCAGGAAUUUCCCGAACCCCUGGUCCGAUCUGGGUGAUUUUUGAAUAUUUCUUUCACCCAGAUCAGGGCUACCAGGGGAUGUAAUAUUUAAAGGGGUACAUCCAGAAAACAAGGAGAACUGUGUCUUGCAUAAUGGGAUUAUGUGUCAUACUAAGGGGAGGGGAUGUGUGGGUGGCAACUCGUGUAUGAUUGGUGUAUUGUGUAAUUACUGUAAAUCCCUCCCUUCAUGGGAGAAAGCUUUAAAAGAAGGUUGUAUGAUUAAAAGUUCCUGAUGCUGUGUGUCAUCCAGUCAUUGGGAUUGAUGUUGGGAUAUUAUUGGAUUGUCUUGCCUGCUGGAAUUAUUGCCUUAUGGAUUUUUAAGACUUGUUCCUGAGCCUCACUGGGAUCUUGAGUGGAGAUAACCUGUGGAAUAUCAGCUCUCCGCUACAGGGUCCAAGUACAGAUCCCUGAGGUACCCCACUGGUAACAAGACCUUGCUUCGAAUAUACUCCAUUGACUACAACCCUCUGUUGCCUGUCAUUCAGCCACUGCCUUACCCAUUCAACAAUAUUGGAAUCCAAACUUAAAGAUUGCAGUUUAUUGAUAAGUAGGCAUGUGCAUGGAGAAAAUUUUCGGUUCGGUUCGGCAUUCCGAAAUACAGAACUUCAGCAAUUCGGAACUUCGGCACUUCAACACUUCGGAACUUCGGCAUUUCGGGACUUCGGCACUUCUCGUGCAACCUCUUAGUAAAUAACUCCCUAAUUCCCACGGUAUUAGGGAGUUAUCUACCAAAAGGCUGAAAGACCUAAAUUGGUCUUUCAGCCAAAUUUACUAAUACUAAGUAAAAAUUACUUAGUAUUAGUAAAUUUUGCCCCUACUCGCUAUACCGCGAGUAGGUGCAUGUCUAUUAAACAGUGAGCAGCCCGUUCAGGAGUGGGGGCCUGGAGGGGCCAUAGGCUGCUCACUGUUUAAUAGACAUGCACCUACUCGCGAUAUAGCGAGUAGGGGCAUAAUUUACUAAUACUAAGUAAUAUUUAAUUAGUAUUAGUAACUUUGGCUGAACGACCAAUUUAGGUCUUUCAGCCUUUUAGUAGAUAGCUCCCUAAUACCGUGGUAAGUGUUGCAAAUGCUUACAGCUGAAUCCUGGCUAUGUUUGUAUACUUUUUAUUUAAAAUUGUAUACAGUGUAACAUUCUUCAUUCUUUCACUGGGUAAGUAUAUUAGUUCUUAGGCAAUACUGUGCUUCGGCACUUCAGCACUUCGGAAAUUCGGUAAUUUCGUGACUUCGACCAUUUGGUAAUUCGGCAAUUCACCUAUUCGGACAUUUGGAAGUACCCGAAUGGCCCGAAAUUCGUCCGAAUUCAUAUUCGGACCGAAACGAAUUGCACAUGUCUGUUGAUAAGCCUUCUAUGUGCAACAGUGUCAAAAGCCUUACUGAAAUCUAGAUAAGCCAUGUCUACUGCACCAUCCCUGAUCUAUUAUUUUAGUUCCCCAAUCAAAAAAAUCAAUAAGAUUAAUUUGGCAUGAUCUCCCUGAAAUAAACCCAUGUUGUCUCUGAUCUUGAAAUCCAUGUGAUUUUAGAUGUUCAACAAACCUAUCCUUUAACAUGGUUUCCAUUACUUUCCCCACUACUGAAGUAUGGCUUACUGGCCUAUAGUUGCCCAACUCCUCCCUAUUACCUUUCUUGUGAAUGGGCACCCCAUUCGCUAACUUCCAAUCUUCUGGGACUACUCCUGUUAACAAUGAUUGGUUAAAUACAUCUGUUAAUGGUUUUGCUAGUACACCACUAAGCUCUUUUAACAGCUUUGGGUGUAUUCCAUCAGGUCCCAUUGACUUAUUUGUCUUUACUUUUGACAGUUGAAAUAGAACCUCUUCCUCUGUAAACUCACGUGUAAUAAAUGACUCAUUUGUUCUUUUUCUUAACGGAAGUCCCUUUCCUUCAUUUUCAUCUGUAAAUACUGAACAAAAAUAUUCAUUGAGGCAGUCAGCUAGACCUUUAUCCUCUUCUACAUACCUUCCUUCUUUUGUUUUUAAUCUAACUAAUCCUUGUUUUACUUUCCUUUUCUCAUUUAUAUAUCUAAAAAAUGUUUUAUCCCCUUUUUUACUGACUGUGCUAUUUUCUCUUCUGUGUGUGAUUUGGAGGCUCUUAUAACUUGUUUUAAGCCUCUUUCUGUCUAAUCUUAUAGAUCUAAAGAAAUGGGGUAAGGCUGCGCCAGUAACAAAUAAUAAAUAAAUAAAAUAGUGUAAAAUAGUCCAAUGGAGUCUCAGUAGAGUUACUGUGCUUGAUGGGAUAUAGUUGAGUAGACUUUUAGUAGAAGUGGGUGCGUCCUAGUGUCUCAGGGUAUUCGCAUAUAUGAAAAACCAGGAGACGGGGCAGCCAGUAGUGCAAUACGUCUAAAAUCCAGAGGGUAAAAUAAUAGUAGAAGGUAAAGAACUCACAUUUAAAAGAGCUAUGGCCAGCUCUGGUGUGAAGGGUGUACAGCGAUACAAUCCUCGCUUAUGGGAUAUGUAAAGGGAGUGCUUCUGUCAACACAGUCUGGUCAUCCAAGGCUCCAAAUAGGGAUAAAAAGAGGCGACUGGAUAAGAAUAAGUAAGAGUAAGUAAAAUAAUACUCACAGAUAUAGAGCAGAAACACUGCUCUAUUAGUAAAGCGUUGGUGGUACGAUCCCCACCAGGGAUUUCUUUAAGUGCAGGAACAACAGUAAAAAGCCAGGAAAGUAAAAAUAGUAAAAGUGCAUAAAAAUACAAUAAAAAGAGAAUGGACACAGUCAGUAACCAAAAACUUUUAAUUGAUCUUAAAAUACACAAUAUAAAAUAACCAUUACGCGUUUCACCAAUAAACCGUAAUGGUUAUUUUAUAUUGUGUGUUUUAAGAUCAAUUAAAAGUUUCUAACGUAGCCCAAACGGACUCUAUGUUUGCCUCACUAACUUUUAUUAGGCUAGAUUUUAUGCUAUCCUUCACAUACAAGGCCACCCCUCCCCCUUUCUUGCCUUCCCUAUCUUUCCUAUAUAAAGAGUACCCUGGUAUUGCUAUGUCCCAGUCAUUUUUCUCAUUGUACCAUGUCUCAGUAACAGCGACUAAAUCUACACUAUCAGUUGCCAUUAUUGCCACAAGUUCAUGGAUCUAAUUCCCUAAACUGCGAGCAUUUGUAGACAUGACUCUAAGCUUAUCAUUUUUUAACACACUUGCUACAGACACCUUCUGUCCUUGUUUUCGGGGACAAUUGGAUUGAUGUUUUAUCACCCUUUUGCCCCCCCCUAGUUUAAAUACAUCCUAGCAAAACCUCUGAACUGCUCACUGAGAACAUUUGUUCCCUUUUGAGAAAGAUGCAAACCAUCUUUUUUGUACAGCUUAUCUCCAUUCCAAACAGAGCUACCAUGAGAAAUAAAGCCAAAUCCUUGCUCCCGACACCAUUCACUAAGCCACAAGUUAAAGUCUCUAAUACGCAUCCGCCUGCCGUAUAUCAUUGGCAAAAACACUAAAAACUUCCUUUACCUCUGAAACCUCAUUGCAAGCCAAGUCAUUUGUCCCUAGAUGGACAAGUACAUCCAAUUCCCCUUCCUGCUUUGCUCGCUUAACAAUAUUACACAUACGUCUCAUGUCUCUGUGAACAGUAGCUCCGGGAAGACAUCUCACCAGACCACUAUGGUCCAGCUCCACACCUCUUAAGAUAGAGUCCCCCAACCACAACUGCUUUUUAUCAGGCCUCAUCUUGUCCGUUUUGUCUUUGGCUGCACUCUUGCUCACCUUAUGCAUAGAGGAUGGUGGUUCCACAAACUCGGUGCCUGAGCCUGUCUCCAUAUUACCACUACACUGGGUGUCUGAGCCUGUCUCAAUAACACCACUACAAUUGGUGCCUGAGCCUGUCUCUGUAAGACCACUACAAUCUGAAAUUGCUGAAAAUGAAUUAUGUAGAGCAACAGACUGUGCAAUAUGCCUUUUGUCCACAUCUCUAAGUCUACCAGAUCCUACAGUAACCAUCUGCCAUUCCUAGGACAUCUCUGCAGCAGUGGAUUUGCAGCAGUCCCAGCCUGAGUUUGUUUAACAGAUAAUUUACAAAUCUCAGACUUCAAAAUACAAUAUCCUGCUGCAAUAUAGAGAACUGUCUACAGCAUCCUUUCCCAAUUGGGGUUUAAAAAAUAAAAUGACUGUGGGUGGCAAGGGAGCAGUGAGCAGUGAUCUCCCUGCUCAGCUCCCUCACGCACAUAGCAGUGAUGCUGGAGCCAGAAUACGACAGACACACAAACACAUACAAACUCCCUAACAGACACACAUAAACUUUUUUAUUUUUUUUACUUUUUACUCCACCCAGCCCCCCUACCUUUAGGAGUGCUGGCGUGUUGAGCGUGCAGUCCCUGGGGUCCAGUGGGGCUGCUGAGCGGCUGGCGUGCGGACGGCGAGGGAGUAGUGAUCUCCAUGCUCAGCUCCCUUGCCCGUCUUAGUGAUGCCGAUAUUUGGGGAUUUAUUCAUAUAUUUGGGGAUUUAUCUGUAUAUUUGGAUAUAUUUUUAACUAAUUUGGUUUGGUUUUUUUGCUGGCUGCCAAUGACAUAAAUAUUAUCCUUCUCUCUUACUUCCCAUUUCCCCUGAUAUAAAAUUGAUCACAUUGGAUUUAUUUCUAUAAUCUACUUUGUUUAUUUAUUUUUUUAAACAAACUAUCAUUACAUGAUUUUUAACUUCUAGAUUAAACGUUAUGUUCUAGAGAAUCUCACAAUACAAGGCAAGUGCCUCUCUACUCUUUACUUAGUGUUACCCCCUUUUUUUGCCUAUUAUCCAAGACUCUUCACGUUCCAGUCUUCUCUCUUAGAAUAUAACAGAAGAAGAAUUGCUACCAGCUAUUAAAACUACACAGGGAAAUCACCGGGUCAGAUGGGUUUGGAUCUCUAUAUUAUAAACAACAUUUUUAUAGUUUAAAACCAUAUAUUUUCCUUCUUGAAUUUAUGUAUGUUUUCCCCUUGUCAUUGCUUGGAUUUUAUAUUCUCCCUUGUGUAUUCGUGGAUUGGUUUGGUGAAUUAUACUGCUAUUACAGCCAGGAUAAUGUUAUUCAAGCACACAAACAAACUGCCAAACGGCUGACCACCCUACAUGUUGAGUGUGCUGCUUGUUAACCACCCAGAAGCUGUGGUUAACUGCAGCAUAAUUGACGAACGGCUGGGUAGUCAUUGUUCGUAUGAAUGAACACGUGGCGGCGGCCACUUUGUUUAGCCGAACGCGCUCAGUGGUGUUUUGUCGUCGAACGCCUGGAACUAAAAUUGGACACUCAAAGGCACGAACACCGCUGUGACUUCCACAUUCGUGCGUUCGGCUAAAAUCCACACAAACAGAGCACUAUUUCUUGAGAACACUCUACCGAACAAGAUGCAUCCAAUGGAGUAAUGCAUGAACAGAUCCGUUCAUGCAAUUUAUACAUUAUGUGGAAUAGAAGAUAGACCGGCCGCACAGUCUAAUUCUCUGGAACUCUUUUGGGCGUGAAAUCAAGCAUGCGGUCGGUCAAAUGUGACUUCCACAGAAUUUGGGAACCCCUGCUCUGAUCUGGAUGAUUUUGGGAUAUGUUGUUCGCCCAGAUCAGAGCUAUCCAGGGAUGUAUAAUUUAUCCUCUUCUACAUACCUUCCUUCUUCUGUUUUUAAUCUAACUAAUCCUUGUUUUACUUUCCUUUUCUCAUUUAUGUAUCUGAAAAAUGUUUUAUCCUCCUUUUUUACUGACUUUGCUAUUUUCUCUUCUGUGUGUGAUUUGGAGGCUCUUAUAACUUGCUUAGCCUCUUCCUGUCUAAUCUUAUAGAUCUAAAGAAGUGGGGUAAGGCUGCGCCAGUAACAAAUAAUAAAUAAAUAAAAUAGUGUAAAAUAGUCCAAUGGAGUCUCAGUAGAGUUACUGUGCUUGAUGGGAUAUAGUUGAGUAGACUUUUAGUAGAAGUGGGUGCGUCCUAGUGUCUCAGGGUAUUCGCAUAUAUGAAAAACCAGGAGACGGGGCAGCCAGUAGUGCAAUACGUCUAAAAUCCAGAGGGUAAAAUAAUAGUAGAAGGUAAAGAACUCACAUUUAAAAGUGCUUUGAGUUUUGGGGUGUUUCUGAACUUUGUUAAAAAUUUAUAUUUUCUGCCUGUGUUUGUGUGCUGUUUGUAUGCUGUAUGUGUGUGUGUGCUGUAUGUGUGUGUGUGUGCUGUAUGUAUGUGUGUGUGUGUGUGUGUGUGUGUGCUGUAUGUGUGUGUGUGUGUGUGUGUGUGAUGUAUGUUUGGGUGAUUCCAUUAGCUAGGUUAAUUAUAUCACAGGCAGAUGGGAGGGAUUGCUGACUGUAUGUGGGAGUGUUACUGUGUUAAUUAUUGUUCCCAUUGGUUUGUGUCCCUUUUGUCCCUGUGUUCCAUCAGGUCCAGGGGUGUGCCCCUGGCCUGAAAAUGUGUAUAAAAGAAAUGCCUUUGUGCUCAAUAAACCAGACCUUACCAUAGGCGUGCACACGGGGUGUACCUGGGCACACCCUAAUCCCCGCGGCUUGCCUAUGUAUUGAGACCGGCAGGGGAGAUCUCAGGAUCUCCCCUGUCGGCUCAUGCAGAGCCAGCGCUAUUCGAGCACCGGCUCUCCUCUCAGCCUCCCUCCCCACCGACCCACAGGCAGGGAGGGAGGUAGGAGAGGACCCGGGGAGCUCUUGCCAGCAGCUCCGCCGGGUUCCUCUCGCGAGAUCUGAGCGUGGCCGCUCCCCCUCCCUGGCUUAAGGUAACAAGGGAGGGGGAAUAUUAAGUAAUCUGCCGCGACCUCCACUGGACCACCAGGGAAGGCAGCAGCACGGUCCCCCCUCCCUACAUAAGGUAAGAAGGGAGGGGGGAUAUUUAGUAAUUAAUCUGCCCCCACCUCCACCCCCACAAAUCACCCAAACAUACAGCACACACACACACAUACAGCACACAAACAGCACACACACACACAUACAGCACACAAACAGCACACACACAUACAGCACUCACAGCACACACACACAUACAGCAAACAAACAUCACCCACACACACACAGCAUCCUCACACAAACAGAACACACAUCACCCACACAGCACCCACACACACAGCAUCCACACACACACAUACAGCACCUACACACAUACAGCACCCUCACAAACACACACAGCACACAAACAGCACCCUCGCACACACACAGCACACAAACAGCACCCUUACACACAGCACACUAACAGUACCCUCACAAACACAAACAGCACCCUCACACAGCACACUAACAGGAUCCUAACAAACACACACAUAGCACACUACCAGUACCCUCACACACAGUACACUAACAGCACCUUCACAAGCGCUCACACACACAAACACCCUCACCUACAUAGCACACUACCAGCACCCUCACACAGCAUACACACACACACAAACACCCUCACCCACAUAGCACACUACCAGCAUCCUCACAAGCGCACACACACACAAAAACCCUCACCCACAUAGCACACUACCAGCACCCUCUCACAGCAUACACACACAGACAAACACCCUCACUCACAUAGCACACUACCAGCACCCUCACACAGCAUACACACACAAACACCCUCACCCACAUAGCACACUACCAGCACCCUCACACAGCAUACACACACAAACACCCUCACUCACAUAGCACACUACCAGCACCCUCACAGCAGUGUAUGUGUGUGUAUAUAUAUACACAAACCUACAUAUAUAUACGCGGCGUGUGCUUUUGCUUUAGAAGCUGUGAAGGAGCAAUGCAACACUCGGUGCCUGAUGGCAGAGCUGGUUCCCAACUAAAUCCUAUGUGUGGUUUAGACUGAAGCCUGGUUUAGACUGGAUGCUGUUCCUCUUCAAGGCCCUUAAGUACAGCCUUAAUUAUUUCGCUAUACUUUGGAAGCACGGUCUUACUUUUACAUUUAUGUGUUUAGCCUUAGUGCUUUACUACAGCAGAUUCAUCUUAGUUAUGGAGUCUCAUAUAGUGUGUAAUGUCCACUAUGCUUAAUUAACCCUGUGGCACAUUGCCUUUAAUUUGCCAAUAGCUAACAUACCAGCACGCCUGAUAAACACCGGGCGGCUCUUAUCACAGACCAUAUAUGAUGUUUACAUUUUAUCUAAUCUUAAUGUCAGUUUGCAUAGCUUGUUCUCUUCAUGUUUAUUGUUGUCUUCUGACAUAUCUACCUGCUCAUGUUUACAUUACAAAAAUUGUUCAUGUUUUCUCAAUUACCCCAAAUGUUAUGCAUGAUGAAGAUUGCUGUUGGGGCACCCCAAAAGCAAUGGCAGACAGUUGUAAAAUGUUGAAUGGUUUUAAUAACCUAAUAAGGAGUAUAGUGUAACGUAACAUUAAGAUGCACAUUUUCUUUAUUAUUUAUCUGUAUAUUUCUAUGUUGGUAUGCUGUUUGUAUUGUAUACUCUGAAAAAUGUCUGGAGCAGGGCUGCAGUGUCCAGGGCAGAGGUGAGAGUAGUGUUAUAUGAGGGGACAGCUAAUGAGGGACAGGUGAAGGUAGGGAUAUGGGGGCUACUGCACAUCUCACAGAGAUGCAUUGGUUUAAUUGCAGUAUCACAGAACGCAGGAGAUUUCAGGACUACAAGAAACACCUCCAGUGGCUGAUUGUCUCAAUGACAAUGUAAACACUGCCUUUUCUCUGAGACUGCACGGACAGUCUCUUUCCACCAGAACCACCUUAUUAAACGAACACAAAGUGUUAGGAAUACAGACCUGUCCCAGCACCUCUUUUCCACUAAUAAUUAAUACAAUCAAGGUUUUUAAUUACCCUUUUCCAGCACGGAGUCUCCCUCCUGCUUGCCUCCUUGUAGCGUGGCCGUGCAUCCCGCAGUGGAGGAUUUUCCGUAUCCUGUACCCGGUCUGACAGAGGGCUGUUUGUUGCUCUGUGUGAGCACUUCCUAUCAGACCAGGUUGGAGACACAUUAGAUCCUUCACUGUGGUCCGUGCGACUACGCUACAUGAAGUGACUUGCAGGAGGGGAGCGCUGUGCUGGGCACUUCCUUCAUGCUGGUCACCUGGAGAUUGCGCCCGAGGUGGCCGCCUGUGCUGCCUUAUGGCUUCGAUGACAUGACCCGGGUGACUCGUGUCUUUUAACCUUUAUUGGUUGUGCUAAUUAAUGUCAUUCAGACGUUCGGCCCAAUUUCCUGGAGCUCAUAUUGUUGGUGCUGACGUUUGUUUGUCUAACCAUGAUGUGGCUGUAUUCCGGGAGCGAAGCGAUUAUGUGACGUUUAUUACAGCGCAGUGUCACCGGAGGGAUCAACUGAGAAUAAUAAAUAUUUAUAUUAUAGCGUGAAAUAUAUUGUGUCCUAAAUAAAAUAUAACAAACAAUAAUUAAUUAAUAAAUAAAUAAUAUAAUAAUAAUAAUAAAUAAACAAUAAUUAAUUAAUAAAUAAUAAAUAAAUAAUAAAAUAUAACAAAUAAUUAAUAAUUAAUGAAUAAUAAUAAAAAUUUAUAGCAUGAAAUAUAUUGUGUCCUAAAUAAAAUAAUUAAUUAAUAAUAAACAAUAACAGGCCAGACGGGUCUCAGUUAGUCUCCAUUUCCGCUGGGCCCCCAGGAGCGGUAUAGGGGCCCCCAGGAGCGGUAUAGGGGCCCCUGGUGCAGUUAAUGGGGGCCCCCGGUUGCCAGUAAUGGCGGCGCCCAUGGCCGCACCGGAAGCAGACAGUGUCGGGCGGAAGUGACGCCAGUUCCGGUCCCUGCCCAGUUUAAGGAGACCCCGUGCCGAGCUCGCUCUCUUUCCAUCCGGCCGGAGAACAUGGCGGACAUACAGGUGGGGGCUGCGGCUGGAGCGGCGGGAUCUGGGGCCCCCGGGGGCCAAAUACAGGGAGAGAGGGGCCCCCGGGAGCCAAAUACAGAGAGAGAGGGGCCCCCGGGAGCCAAAUACAGAGAGAGAGGGGCCCCGGGGAGCCAAAUACAGAGAGAGAGGGGCCCCCGGGAGCCAAAUACAGAGAGAGAGGGGCCCCCGGGAGCCAAAUAUGGGGAGAGAGGGGCCCCCGGGAGCCAAAUACAGAGAGGGGCCCCGGGGAGCCAAAUACAGGGAGAGAGAGAGGGGCCCCCGGGAGCCAAAUUCGGGGAGAGAGAGAGGGGCCCCCGGGAGCCAAAUUCGGGGAGAGAGAGAGGGGCCCCCGGGAGCCAAAUUCGGGGAGAGAGAGGGGCCCCCGGGAGCCAAAUUCAGAGAGAGAGAGAGGGGCCCCUGGGAGCCAAAUUCAGAGAGAGAGAGGGGCCCCUGGGAGCCAAAUACAGGGGGGGGAGGGGCCCCUGGGAGCGCGCUGUAUCCGGGGGGAGAGAGGGGCCCCGGGUGCCUGGAGACUGGGUGGCUGUGGGGGUUCCCUCUAGAGCCUGGAGAUGUGGGGGUCCCCCCGGGUACCUGGAAACAGGGUGGUUGUGGGGUCCUCUCUAGAGCCUGGAGAUGUGGGGGCCCCCAGGUGCCAGGAGACAGGGUGGCUGUGGGGGUCCCCUCUAGAGCCUGGAGAUGUGGGGGUCCCCCCAGGUGCCUGGAGACAAGGUGGCUGUGGGGGUCCCUCCUAGAGCCUGGAGAUGUGCGGGUCCCCCCGGGUACCUGGAAACAGGGUGGUUGUGAGGGUCUUCUCUAGAGCCUGGAGAUGUGGGGGCCCCCGGGUGCCAGGAGACAGGGUGGUUGUGGGGGUCCCCUCUAGAGCCUGGAGAUGUGGGGGUCCCCUGGGUACCUGGAGAUGUGGGGGGCCCCGGGUGCCAGGAGACAGGGUGGUUGUGGGGGUCCCCUCUAGAGCCUGGAGAUGUGGGGGGCCCCGGGUGCCAGGAGACAGGGUGGUUGUGGGGGUCCCCUCUAGAGCCUGGAGAUGUGGUGGUCCCCCCCGGGUGCCUGGAGACAUGUUUGCUCUCUCAAUAUUUCCUGCCAGUGUUUGGGCUUAAACUGCACACCUUCAGCAGAUCCGAGCGGCCCCGGUCCGGCCCAUGUAUCUCUGCGCGGAGGGCGGCCCCGGUCCGGCCCUGUUUGUGGGAUGUGAGCCGUCCAGUGAAUGCUGACUUACACUCCAUUUGUUUCCACAGACUGAGAGGGCUUAUCAGAAGCAGCCAACCAUCUUCCAGAACAAGAAGAGGGUUCUUCUGGGAGAGACUAGCAAAGAGAAACUCCCUCGUUAUUACAAGAACAUCGGGCUGGGAUUCAAGACGCCCAGAGAGGUAUUUUCAUAAUGCGGUUUAUCAAUUGAUCUGAUCGAGGACAGUCUGUUGCAGAAUGUGUGACGUAGCCUGGACACAUCUCUAAUCUGUAGAAAUUGGCGUAAUCUUUUCGGUACAAUAUUCUGUCAAUUUCUGAUCUAGAACUAUCUGGAACUGCACUUUGUUUUUUUGUUUUUUGUGAAUAAAGGGUGAUGCUUAAAAUAAUGUAAAACGUAAACAAAAAUCCUCCACCUGCUAAUCUUAGUGGUGUUGUGUAGUCACUGCUCGCCCUCCUUGAUUGACACUGAGCCUGUGUGUUGGGUACUUACAUUGACACAGUAAUACCUCGGAAUGUGUCCUGCAUUGUAGGCUCGGUGUGCGAUGGGGGAUUUUUUUUUUAUUGUCCUGCGCACCAUACAGGGUGACAGUAACACUUUAUGUGUAAUUUCAGGCAAUCGAUGGAACCUAUAUUGACAAGAAAUGUCCCUUCACUGGUAACGUGUCCAUCCGAGGCCGCAUCCUGUCAGGUGAGGAUGUUGAAUGAUGUCAGUUUUCUGUGUAUUGUACAAGCUGCCAUGGUUUAAAGGAACAUUAUGUACCAUAACUGUGCUAUGUUUUGGUGGUAAGCGUGCCUUGUCCUUCACUGUGUUAAAAGGAUACUGUAGUGCCAGGAAUAGAAAGUUGUAUUCCUGGCACUACCGAUCCCCCCGCGCCCCUCCUAACUGGUAAAUAAAGGGUUAAAAACCUUAUUUACUUGCCUGAUCCCAGCGUCUCUGUCCCUCUGUGCUGGGUCGAAGCUCUGCCACCUCCAACCCAGCGACAAGCUGGGUCUAAUGUGCAUGCAUGGCAAAGGCCGCGCACGCAUUAGACCUCCCCAUAGGAAAGCAUUGAAUCAAUGCUUUCCGAUGGGGAAAAAUCUGACACUGGAGGUCCUCGUGCAGAGGUGAGAACGUCCAGCGUCCGAUAACAGACCAAAAGUCAGUUUGGAUUCUGGAAGACAGCAACUGAGGGCAGACUUGGUGCUGCAAUGUAAACAUUGCAGUUUUCUGGAACGGCAAUGUUUUUAACGUUGCAGCACUAAGUGCAAAAGGGACACAGCACCCACACCACCUCAGUCAGCUGAAGCAGUCUGGGCGCAUACAAUGUCCCUCUAACCUCUACAACUUCAACUGGAAGGCUAUUCCAUGCAUCCACUGUGCUCUCAGUAAAGUAAUCCUUCCUAAAGGUCUUUGAUGCAUGUCAGUUCUCUCGGCAAUCGUUGUUACUCUUCCUCAUUAGCAAUAUCCGUUUUGUCAUUAUUUGGACACCAUAUUUGCUCCUCAGUGUGUCAGCUGAUGUGUUUUUAGACUCCCCCUUAAUAUAUCAAGUAAAAUUCUUUGAUCUAUGAUCCUCUAGUAAUGUCUUUAAACUGGGUAUCACCGUGCUCUCUAAAAUCACAUGUUCUAAUGACCGGGUUUUUCAUAGUUUAAAUGUCACCUAUGGUGACUGUAUGUAUUUUACUUGUGCAGUGCUUCUGGUUUGCAUGUAUGAGGCAGAUCAGGUGAGAUGUCCCUGCUGUCUAAUUCUAGCUUUGUGACAGUCCUCAUAUUAACUUUCUUUCCAUUAGGUGUGGUCACAAAGAUGAAGAUGCAGCGCACUGUUGUCAUCCGCAGAGACUAUCUGCAUUACAUCCGCAAGUACAACAGAUUCGAGAAACGCCACAAGAACAUGUCUGUCCAUCUCUCACCGUGCUUCAGGUACGUAGGGUUGCAAAUGUCAGGUGCCGAAUGUUUUGAUGGUUGCUGUUUUUCUGUGUAAGACUGUCACCUCAGGCACCGCACGCCCUCUGCCCGUUGUCUUUCCUAAUAUUGGGGUUCAGUUGGUGUUGGGGUGCUCUGGAUGUUUGGAGGAGUCAUACUAGCCUUGUGAAAUGUUGGUUCCGUCACCUACAGAAAUAUGAAGCCUUUAAAGUGCAGUUUUUAAAACUCUGGAUAUCUCUUGUCUAGGACUGGGCAGACUGCUUUAGUAUUGUGUUAAUACACCUAUUCUUGGUUUUUCAGAGAUGUCCAGAUCGGAGAUAUUGUGACCGUUGGUGAGUGCCGUCCUCUCAGUAAAACGGUCCGUUUCAAUGUCCUCAAAGUUACAAAAGCUGCAGGAACAAAAAAGCAGUUCCAGAAGUUCUGAAGCGGAUGAUAUUUCAGUUCAAAUAAACUUUGUAAAACCUCAAACUCGCGCUGUGCUUUCUUGUCCGUACUCUGUGUAAUGACCUGUUACAAAGAUUGGGCUAUGUGCCCCUUUAUUAGAGACUCU